GUUACUCUCUCUGUACUCCAUUUUCCUUGUUCUGCCAAAAACCAAGUCUUUGGGUUGUCGUUGAUUUUCCAAGACGACGGCAAUGGAGGAGAACAACUCCGCCAAACACCCAGACCAACCAUGGCGGAUCCUUGAGUUCUACAGCGGCAUCGGAGGAAUGAGGUACUCACUGACUAGGGCAGGAGUGAAUGCGAAUAUAGUGGAAGCUUUCGACAUUAAUGACAAAGCAAACGAUGUGUAUGAAUUCAACUUUGGUCAUCGUCCUCAUCAGGGUAAUAUUCAGAACUUGACUGCUACUGAUCUGGACAGAUAUGGAGCUCAUGCAUGGCUUCUUUCGCCUCCUUGUCAGCCAUACACUCGACAAGGUCUCCAAAAACAAUCCAAUGAUCCUCGUGCGUUUUCAUUCCUCAAUAUUCUCGAAUUGAUUCGAGAUACUUCACAACCUCCAACAAUGAUAUUUGUAGAGAAUGUUGUUGGGUUUGAGACAUCUGAUACACAUUCGAAAAUGAUAGAGAUAUUGGUAAAAGCUGAUUUUGUCACACAAGAGUUUAUAUUGACUCCUUUGCAAUUCGGUGUGCCUUAUUCGAGGCCACGCUAUUUUUGUCUGGCAAAGAGGAAACCUUUAUCCUUUCAAAGCCCACAUUUUGAUAAUCAACUUCUUCAUUCUCCGAGCCCACUAUUUGGGCGUGGCGAACUUGAUCAAACACAAGAGAGCUUGGAUAAGUUGAUCCAAUCUUGUAAGCCAAUAGAAAGCUUUCUUGAGUUCAAGAACCCUUCCCAGCAAAUAUCCAGUUCUAUGGAAAGUACAAAUACAGUGGAUGAUUUUGAAGCUCCAGAAAUAGACGAUAAAGGAGAUGAUCACGAUAUUAGCUCUUUAGAACAGUAUUUUGUUCCUUUAAAUUUGAUAGAGAGAUGGGGAAGUGCUAUGGAUAUUGUCUAUCCUGAUUCGCAGCGCUGUUGUUGCUUUACAAAAAGUUAUUAUCGGUAUGUUAAAGGUACUGGCUCCCUUUUAGCAACUGUCCUGCCUGAGAAAAAAGGUAAAACAUCUCCAUUGAAGAAACAAUGUCUAAGAUAUUUUACGCCUAGGGAGGUUGCUAAUUUGCAUUCUUUUCCUGAAGAUUUCCACUUUCCGCAACACAUAAGCCUUAGACAACGUUAUGCAUUGCUUGGUAACGGUUUAAGCAUAGCAGUGGUGUCUCCUCUACUGCAAUAUUUAUUUGCUGAAUCGUCAUGAUUAUCGGUUACAUGCCUUUCGCCUUUUAGUGGGCUUAAACCGAAUCUCAGCUUCUCUACCAUGGCGUGAGUCUUCUCUCGAUUGAAAUCAAAGAGCCAAAGGGCAUCUAACUUGUACUCAAGGUCAAUUUUCGAUGGAUUUAUUGAGGUGCAAGGCACUAUACUCCUAUCACCCGAAAACCAACCGUAGCUGUGGAACAGAGAUGAACUUGAGAUGUUUUGUGGGACUCUGUAACAGUAAAUAACUUUGGUGAAGUGGGCAGCUUAAGCAGAAUGAUGGGUAGAGAGAUUUCACUCUGGCCUCCAAGUUGCAUUUUGUUGCUCUAUUUAGCCUUUCUUUUAUAGGAGUGAAAUACUUGCAAACUUCUCCUACAUGUUAAGUAUAAAACUUCUUUUACAUCCUACAUUUUCCAGCAAGUUGUGCUUGUCCCACAUCUAUAUAUUCUAACAAGUUGUCUAUGUCCCAGGUAUACCAAGUUGAAUGCUAUAUUUGUAAUUAGUAUUUAGUACAUAAAAAAGAAGAGGAAAAUCCAAAA